CGGCGGCCUUACCGCCUCCACGGCGUGCUGCAGGAUGGAGGUGAACUUGGAGAACAUCCUGUCCCGCGACUGCAGCAGCCGCUGCCGGGAGGACCUCGAGAGCUCCUCGAUCCGCCGCCGCCGCCGCUCCAGGAGAGAAGGAGACAAAGAGAGCUUUAUUUCACCUCUGAAUCAAAUACUUCAGAGAAAAAGACCAUCCCUCCCAUUUUGCAGCACCACAGGAAAACCAGAGGUCAAGUGGGGCAUGGAGAGCUACAGCCCAAAUACUCUGUGGAAGUAAAUGCUAGUUGUAUGUGGACACCUUUAUUGCAGUUAUUAAAGAGCUAUUUCCUUCUCAAAAUCCAGGAGUCCCAAUAUGUCAAUAUCAAUUUAAAAGUGGCCCAUCCUCAGGAGCCCCACCACCCCUCUGAAAAGCCAGUCAUCCACUGCCACAAAUGUGGGGAGCCUUGUAAAGGUGAAGUGCUCCGAGUUCAAGCCAGACACUUCCACAUCAAAUGCUUCACCUGCAAAGUGUGUGGCUGUGACCUGGCACAAGGAGGCUUUUUUAUUAAGAAUGGAGAAUAUCUGUGCACCUUGGACUACCAGCGCAUGUACGGCACCCGCUGCAAUGGCUGCGGCGAGUUCGUGGAAGGAGAAGUAGUGACAGCCCUGGGGAAAACUUACCAUCCAAGCUGCUUUGCCUGUACUGUCUGCAAGCGUCCAUUUCCACCAGGAGAUCGAGUUACCUUUAAUGGAAGGGACUGUCUCUGUCAGAUGUGUGCUCAGCCGAUGUCCUCCAGCCCAAGAGAACUGUCUGCCUCAAGCAAUUGUGCUGGCUGUGGAAGAGACAUCAAAAAUGGACAAGCAUUGCUAGCCCUGGAUAAGCAGUGGCACCUGGGCUGCUUUAAGUGCAAGGCCUGUGGGAAGGUCCUGACUGGGGAAUACAUCAGCAAAGAUGGUGCUCCUUACUGUGAAAAGGACUACCAAGUUCUUUUUGGAGUCAAGUGUGAAGCAUGUCACCAGUUCAUUACUGGGAAAGUCCUAGAGGCAGGUGACAAGCAUUAUCAUCCAAGCUGUGCACGAUGCAGCAGAUGCAACCAAAUGUUCACAGAAGGAGAAGAAAUGUAUCUGCAAGGUUCCACUGUCUGGCAUCCCGACUGUAAGCAAUCCACUAAGACUGAGGAGAAGCUCCGGCAUUCCUCAUCUGAGUUCUUUUAUCCAAAGAGUCUGGUUCUGCGCAGGCCACGCUCUGCAGAGCCUACAAGAACAUCAUCAGAAAGCAUUUAUUCCAGACCAGGUUCCAGUAUACCUGGCUCUCCAGGCCACACUAUCUAUGCAAAAGUAGACAAUGAAAUCCUUGAUUACAAGGAUUUAGCAGCCAUUCCCAAAGUCAAGGCCAUUUAUGACAUUGAACGUCCAGACCUAAUUACUUAUGAGCCAUUCUACACCUCCGCCUACGAGGACAGACAGGAGAGACAGAGUCUUGGAGAGUCUCCAAGGACUUUAUCACCCACCCCUUCUGCAGAAGGCUACCAGGACGUUCGGGACCGCAUGAUUCACAGGUCUACCAGCCAGGGCUCCAUUAACUCUCCCGUGUACAGCCGGCACAGCUACACCCCCACCAUGUCCCGUUCCCCCCAGCACUUCCACAGACCUGGCAAUGAGCCGUCCAGCGGUCGGAACUCCCCUGUCCCCUAUCGGCCUGACAGUCGCCCUCUCACUCCAACUUACGCUCAGGCCCCUAAACAUUUCCAUGUUCCAGAUCAAGGUGUCAACAUUUACAGGAAACCACCCAUCUACAAACAGCACGAUGCAGCUGCCUUGGCAGCACAGAGCAAGUCCUCCGAGGAUAUCAUCAAGUCCUCCAAGUUCCCAGCAGCUCAUGCACCAGCACCCAACGAGAUACCAAAGAUUGAGACUGACCACUGGCCAGGCCCUCCCUCCCUGGCUGCCAUAGGAGCUGACAUGAGACGCAGAUCAAGUGGAAGGGAGGAAGAUGAUGAGGAGCUGCAGAGACGCCGGCAGCUGCAGGAGGAGCAGCUCAUGAAGCUCAACUCUGGUCUGGGACAGUUAAUAUUGAAGGAAGAGAUGGAAAAGGAGAGUCGCGGUAGGUCAGCCCUUUCUGCCAGUCGUUACGAUUCUCCAGCACAUGCUUCAGCCUCCAAAACCUCUUCUCUCCCUGGGUAUGGAAAAAAUGGACUUCACAGGCCAGUCUCUACGGAUUUUGGUCAGUACAACAGUUACGGGGAUGUGAGUGGUGCUGUUAGAGAUUUCCAGUCCCUCCCGGAUGGUCAUGUCCCUGGAAUGAGAAUGGACAGAGGAGUGUCUAUGCCUAACAUGUUGGAGCCAAAGAUUUUUCCAUAUGAAAUACUCAUGGUGACCAACAGAGGGCGAAAUAAAAUACUAAAAGAUGUAGACAGAACCAGGCUGGAGCGUCACUUAGCACCUGAAGUUUUUCAAGAAAUAUUUGGCAUGACGAUACAGGAGUUUGACAAGUUACCUCUCUGGAGACGCAACGACAUGAAGAAAAAAGCAAAACUCUUUUAAUCUCCCUUUAAACAAACCAACCACAAAUGAUGCAUAGAAUAUUGUAUCACACAGUCCAAACUGUUUGGAAGCAACUACUUAUCCACCAAAAAGGGAAAAUCAACAUAGUGGCACCUCUGCAGUUGAACAAGAUCAACAAUUGCCCUCCUGGAAUGCAGGGAGAAAAUAUCUGGGCUCAGAAACAGCUGUAAUAGUUUCCAGAGGUGUCAGCCUGUUACCUGAUAUUGUACAAGAUAGAAAACUGUUCUGUUCUUCUCCCUCAAUGAUAUUCCCUUUACUUCUCUCCACAAUAUGAUGGACUUUAUUGCUAGAGCCAGGAAGUGCCCUUAGGAUGCCUUGUAGACUAAAGUAGUUGUAACCACUCCAAGAACUGGAAGAGAAUAUAUACAUAUAUAAAUAUAUAUAUAUAUAUAUGUAUGCGUGUUUGCCUGUGUGCACACAUGUAUUUAUAUCUCUCCAUCUAUCUCUGUGUGUGUGUAUGUGUGUAUAUAUGUGUGUAUAUAUGGAGAGGGACAUAGGUAGGUGUGUAGUGAAGGAGAAGCCCCUUGUAACUUAUCCACAUGGUCACAUCAAGUCUUUCACCCAACAGUUUCUUACUUGGCACUCUUUUGACACAAUGUCUUCUUUGUGUAACACAACCUGUGGUGGUGGGCACUCUGCUCACCUGCAGGACAUACCACUUGGAUUUAUGGAAAAUGGACUUGUAAAUAUUUGCUAGGAUAUAAGAAGUGAAUUGCUGUGUGUGUGCUGUCAGUCUUCCCUCUUCCACACUUUCUGCUUGAAUUAAUAAGGCUGGAGCUUAACCAGCCUUUUGAAUAAUUUAAGAUCACUUCAGUAAUGGGAAUGAUGGAGAAGAGUCAGUUUUCUUGUAAUUUACUCCAGGAGGUGGGUGCAUGGGGGUGGGAGUGGCAGAGUGAAGAAAUGCUAUUUUAAGUGUGCCCUGGUUUGCACCCAGAGAUUUCAGGAUGAACUCCCUGCUGGUGAUUGCUAGUACAGCUCAUCAGGCUGCAGUGGAGUUGUAGGAUUUUACAACGGCAGGGAGAAUGGUUCUCUGCUAGCUAACAUGCAGAUUCAUCCCUCUUAGGGAGGAAAUGUUUAUGAAUUAAAAGGUACCAUCAAGGUGCCAAGCUCUGCCAAUAGAGGCUUUUUGAUUAAACUGCAGUAGCUGUUGUCAAUAUGGCACAGUGCAUGGGGCCAAGCACUCAUUUUAGUAAAUGUAGGUUUUCACUUGUGCUUGGAAAAGAGGGCACAGACUUUUUUUUUUUCUUUCCUGUCUUGAAGCAUCAAAGCUCCAGCCUUGGUUAUUUUUAUUUCCCUUUGUGCCUGACUUGGUUUUUGAAGACAGAGUAAUCAUGCAAGAGAGUUUCUGAGCUGCAUUGAACUCCUUAUUGCUUUCAGUCUUCUUCCAAUAUGCUGCAGCUUGAAAAACUGCCUGUAUAUACCUUAACUGCUUCUGGGCAAGUCCUAUGCAGAGGAGGACGUGAGCACCAAAGUAAUUGAAUGGAUGCAGUGUGGCUGCUUUUCCUCUUCCUUGGUGCUUUACUGCCAAUGCAUAACUGCACUAAUGAGCCUGCCUCCUGAUAGGAGAGGGUCAUUUAGGUUCUGUGUCUGUCAAAGAAUAUCAAGGUUUCCUUUUUAAUGCAGGAACUUCAGGCGCUGGAGACAGCAGAGCCUUUGUAUUUUCUUUUCUAUGAGACAUUGGUGUUAAAAUCUGGAAGUCGGGAAGAGGAAACAGUCCCGUGUAGUUCUGAGAUUCAGUAUCACUGUGUUGAGUUCUCUGUAUCACCAAAUGACAUUUCACCAUCAGCUGUGCAGGACAGCCCAAACGCUGCCUCUUCUUUGCUGGUUUAGGAAGUCCUGUUGUGACAGAUCACUGUGGUUCCUUCGAUAAAAUCUGAGGUGAAGAUUCAGUAGGGGAGAGACAGAGAGCAGGGCUCAGCACCUGCUCCAUGUCCCUGAGGGAAUGUGGGUCUGUGGGAGAGCCUGGAGAAUGUGCCACCAAGGGUCUGGCACCAUCCCCAGGGAACAGAAUGCCUGGGGACACUGUGACACACACACACACUUGUGAGUGAGAUCUCUGGGUGGAGCCGAGGUUGCAGCAGGGAUCAGGGUAACAUAUUUCACCUAAUUUUUCAGAACACAGAUCUGAAUGAUUUUUAGAGGAGCUCUGAGAAGUAAAUGGGAGUGUCAGGGGCUCAAAAUGCAUUUUUGAGUGACUGCUGAAAGCAAAUCCAUACAGUGAAAGAACAGCAGUGUUUUACACUCACAGACUUUGUGAAUGCUGAGGUCUCAGAAAUUCAUGCAAGGUGUGGCUUAACUUUGAGACAAACAUUUGAGUUUUAAUGCAUUUAAAUUAUUAAAAUUCUCCACAUUUUGUCAUCCCACAUCCUACAGACACUCAAUUAGGCAUUACAGGUCCUUUAGUUCAAGUCACCUUGACCAUACCCCUUUUAGACCUGAGGAGUUGCUCUGUCAAGGAUGUGAGCUGCCAGUCUGCAUUUUUCUGUCUCCAUCUCUAGGUUACUACUGAACUUCUCACAGCACAUAUGAACACACUACCCAGUCAUUUCAGAAAUGACUAAGCCAGGUUGUUUUCUUACCUCUCCCUCCUAUGCAAGAAAAAAAAAAAAGAAAAAAAAAAGAAAAAAAAAAACUCAGCCUCUUAGCCUGUGAAGAAUGGCAUGGUAAUUUGGAUCUGCCUCAUCAACUGAGAAUUUAAAACUGCAGCUUAAGCUUGGGAAGGAAUGAAGAGAAGCCAGGGUACAUGUUGCAGAAACAACUCAUGUCUGACUGGACUUUUGGGCCACUGCUGGCUCCCAUCUCAGUGGUGUGGAGCAGUCAGUCAAUUCACAGCCCUCUACACUAGACUUACUACAGCUUUACUCCUGACUGAGAACAUGAAGGGUUUUCUGAGCUUCAGUUUCAUGCCUACAGUUAAUUCUCCACCACCUACAUGUAGACACACCCAAGAGAUCAUCUGUCCACAAAACCCACGCUGCAGCCAGCCAUGGGGGAGGGAGGAUGUCUGCAGUGGGCUCUCAGUGGUUGUCACUGCAGUAUUUUCUCUUCUUUCAUCUGGUCUUCCCACCUAAUAAAAACAAAAUGUAGCCCCAGGGAGAAUUUUCUUUGUAAGCAGUUAAUCAUUUUCCUGGUAUCCAUUGAGUAGCAGUUCUUAGUAAUUCCCCUCUUUGAUAUUCCCUUGGGACAUGUCAGGAGUUGGACUAGAUGAUUUUUAAAGGUCCCUUCCCACCCAAAUCAUUCUGUGAUUCCAUGAAUAUGCCUUAAGUACAUGCUUGUGUUCUUCCAUUUCCUGCAAAGCAUUUGAGCUUCUGAUAAAGUUCUAUCCCAUCAAUGCUGUCAACACAAUGUCAUUACCAAGAGGACUAAAAACUGAUAGCUUUUGUCUUCUUUUUUCUCCUUUUCUGCUUUAGGAGUGAUAUAAGAGCAAGGCCCAGUCAAAGCAUUGCAGAAUAACCCAGGUGCACACAUGGGGUUAAGUACACCUGGGAUUAUGCACAGAUGCAGAUCCUUGAGCACAGGUGCACUUGUGGCACACACCCUCCCCAUCUGGAGCUCAUAAAAUGUGGGUUGUGAUGUGCUGGGGGUGUACUGCAGUGUGCUGUGGAAGUUUAGGCUGGGAGGACUCAGUAGUCCCUCAAUUAUCUCUUUAUAUGGGAUAAAACAUCUCUGUGGCUCCAGUCGUGCUUUUCCUUCUGUCAGGACAGGUGCCACCUCUCCUUACAAAGUCCUGCAGUCCUAAGUCUGUGAUGCCACUGAAGUGCUUGCUGCCCUUUUCCUGUUGCAGUUGGGAAAUCCUUUCUCAGCCAUGUAGUUCAGAUAUCCUGGUGCUCAAGAGAGCUCGGCAGCCUCUUCUGUAAAAGUGAGCUACACUGAAGUUAGACACGUUUUGAAGUGAUUCCCUUUCCACACUCCCUGUGUCUCCUGGCAGGGUGAUGUCAGUGAUCAGAGAAGGGUUAAGGUCUGGGAAGGAGAAGGAUUGGCAUAAUCUUGAUUUCUCCAGGGCUUGCCAGGGUGAUGCUUGGCAGGAUUAGAGGAAAACGCUGGCAUGAGCCUGUAGUACCUGUUUCAAACUGUGGAGAGGUCAGGUUUGGAGUUCAUAGCGUGUGAGCACCCACACUGAAAUUAAUGGUAUGAAGCUGUUAGAGCAAGCAACAGGAACAUUAGGUCUCAAAUGGUAAAAAUAUGAACAUCCUCUAAACUCUUCAGGGAAUGAUUUAUCUUGGCUCCUCCUGACUUAGGAGGAGAUGUUGGCAUAUUUGGACAUAGGCUUGUAGGGCAGACAAAUGAAAACCACCUUUUCUCUCACUCCAUGAUUCAUUGCUUUCCUCUGGAAUGUGUUUGUGAAGGAGGAUGUCCACAUCCUGAAUGUUACCUACAGCAGUGAGGAGCACCAGUCAGUGAUAAUGACAAUGCAAUAAAACACUUGCAGGAAACAAGAAUUAAACUAAUCUGUCUGAAAUGCCACUCAUCUUUCCGUGCCAGAGGGAUGCUUAGGGCUUGUCUCCACUGCCCCUUCCCCAUUCAGUUCUCCCCAGGGCACAGUCUGAUUUGUGCCCUGUCAAACUUUGUGGCCCUGUCAACACACCCACUAGAGUCCAGCACAGUCUUCAGGGUAGAUGCUUAGCAAGGGCUGGUCUUGACAAUAUGUGGUACAUUUCUACCCCAUUGCUGCAAAAUGAAGAGCUGGAGAGAGCUCCUGAGCACUGUGACAGUAGCACAAUGCACCUUUUUCCCUUAGUGUAGAACACUCCUGUCACUGUGGGCUGCAGCAUUGCUCUGGCUGGUGAGUUCUGCCUUGUGAUUUCUCCCACACACCUUUUUUGUGCUUAAUAAGAUAAGAAACAACAACAAAAAUAUCCAUCACAAUGCAAAGAUUCUGAGUUUUCAGUCAGACAACUCUGCUGGCAGGAGCUGUGUGAUGCCCACAUUUGGCAGAAGUGUUAUUAAUUUUAAUGUGCAGUGCAGGAAGUGGGAAUGUAAUUGGCCAUUAAUGUUGUUUGCCUGUAUGCAAAAUAAAUUAUUUGUUGCCCAAAGGGCUUCUAACAGGGAAAUAGAUUUCUGCUAAUGAGUUGCUCAGAAAUGCUCAUCUUUGUGAAGAGGUAAUACUUCCAUGUGCACUGCGGUCCUUCUUUUGAGGUAAAGAAGAGAUGACUGAAGGCAAGCAGUGACCUGUCGUGUCAGGAUCACCACAGGUAGUACAGGUGCUGCUCCCAGGACUCGCAGAGCUGAGGCCCACAGGACCCUGCCCCUGGGCACUGGGAAAUGUGGGAAUCCCAGUGGUGCCUUACCAGGCUGAGUCUCCAGCUCCCUGAGGAUGCUUUGGCAGGUCCCACUGGACACUUGCCUGGGCUGCUGUCACUGAACACCUUCAGAAUGCACUUCUCCCCAGAUGCAAACCCACUGGCAGCAGUGGAGCCUCCUCUCCCUGGCACUGCAGCCCUGGGGCCAGGGGAGCCUCUGGCUCCUGUGCCCAGCCAGGAGCUCGGUGUCACCCCCAGAGCAGCCCUGCCCAAGCAGUGGGGCUUGGUCAUUGUGGACAACUCUUCCUGUAAGGGGGCCUUACAGCUGGGGACUUUUUUUAAGCUUUGGAAACUGAAACUAAUUUUUUAAAGGUAUACUUUCCUUUAAAUCAGUAGAUUUUGGCAAUAGGAUUUUUUAUUAUUUUAUUUUUCUUUUCUCCUCCCUCCACAUGUUACAAACCACCAUUUUGGGGAGGUGUCCCUGUGUUUUCCAUUCAUCUGUCUCUUUUUCUGAGUCUCUGUAAAAGUGAAUCAAUGUCUUGUCUGUACAGUAAGUCUGCUUGUAUGCAUAAUGAGAAGUUGAGCUGGGUUGCUGUUCUGUACAAUUAGUGUUUCCACUGUCAUACUGCAAACAGCACAUAUUGCACUCCUGUGCCACUGUAAUCUGCAUCACUGUUGUACUCAAGUCAAUGAAUAAAGUUUGGAGCUUUAUUCUUAA